GGGCUGCUGAGUUUGCACAGAGCAUUUCUGGACUCUAUGACCGGCGGUGUGCAGGCGCCGGGCGCACAGGGCUGCCGUGCACAGCCUGGGCCCGGCCAUGGGGGCAGAGCAGGAGGCGCAGGCCUGUGCCGCUUUCUACGGGCCGGGCGGGCUGUGCCCGGCCGCGCUCGCCUGCGUGCAGAGCCUGCGGCGCUUCGCGGGGAGCUCGGCCAAGAGGAGCAGGGAGAGGAGCCUGGAGGAGGCUCUGCAGCUCUCGCGGGUGGCGAGCGAGGGGCUCGGGGCGCUGGGCGACGCGGCGGCACGGCCCCUGCUCCGCUGCGUCCUGGCUUUCCAGGCGGAGGCCACCGGCAGCUCCAGCUCCUUCCAGAAACUCGAGCAGAUGGUCACCACGCUGGCGGCGGGGCGGGAGGCGCUGCUCUCCCGGGAGGUGGCCGCGCUGCUGGACGGGCUGGCGGGGCGCGCGGAGGUGCUGUCUCCAGAGGACCUUCAGUCAGUGUGCAUGUUCGUGGAGGAGAGCGGCCCGGGACGGCUCCACUGGAGGCAGAACCUGGCACCGCUGCUGCAGCGCCUGGCUGCCACCUUGGCCUGGGUGCUGCAGAGCCCGCUGGCCAGCGCCGGCCCCUGGGGCUACGCGGCCGUCAAGGCCUGCCUCCAGCUCUUCCAGGCGCUGCCAAAGGACGUGGCCCCCCUGGUGUGGAGCGAGGCGGAGAGGAGCGAGACGCUGCAGAGCGUUUUGGGACUGCUGCUGCAGGUCGUCAUGGGCAAGCUGUGCCUUUGCCCCCCCUGCGUCCAGGCCCCGAACAAGGACACGCGCCUGCUGGCAGGCACUGCGCUGACCAUGCUGCUGAAUGCGGCCCCGCGGCCCGAGAGCGGCGCCGGCGCCGCACGGGCGCUCUUCCAGCUCGCCGAGCAAGGUGUGGGGGAGCUGAGGUUUGGGGAGCUGACGGUGGAGGCCACCUCCGUCCUGGAGCCAGACGGGCUGGAGAGGCUGGUGCUGACCAGAGGCUUGCUGACCUGCUGCAAGACGGCCAUCCUCAGCUGCCAGCUGGAGAGCUUCGCCCACCAGGCUUGCCUGCUGCUGGAUGUGCUCUUUCCCGCUGUGUGCGCCCUUAGCAAAGAGCAGAAGGACUGCCACUACUACUGCUUCCAAGUUUUCUCCCUCUGGCUGCAACGCCUCCAGGAAAGCCUGCCUGAGAUCUGGAGCUUGAAGGGGAGCCGCAUCCUGGCCGAGGACUCCGAUCUCCUCGGCCAGCUCACCCAGCUGGUGUGGAAUAACGCCGAGACCCCGGUGGAAGGGGUGUCCGAGUUUGUCCACAGCUCCUUUCGGCUGCUCCUGGAGAUCUACUGUCUCGAGUGCAGGCACUUCGAGGACCAGGACAGGCCUCUCUACAGGCAGAUGCUGCAGAGGGUCAUCUCAAUGCCGUGGCAAGUCAAAGCCAGAUACGUGCCUCUGUGUGCCCUCGUCCCCUACCUGGGCAGCAAGCAGGUCCUGGAUGCCUACCGGGACCUGCCGCAGCACCUCCUGAGCUGCCUCGCCACCAACCACCUGUGCCCGGCCGCCGCCGAGGCGUACAAGGCGCUGGCGCAGCAGCAGCGCGCCGAGUGGCUGGCGGGGCGCCCGGGCCCCGAGGAGGCGCUGGCCCAGCGCUGGGCGCUGCACUGGCUGCCGCUGCUCUCGCAGGCCCUCCGCUCGCCCGUGCCCAUCCUGCAGAGCAACGCCGCCAACCACCUCCUGCCCUGGACCCUGCGCCUCUUCCCGGCCUCCUACGCGCCGCUGGCCGCCCAGUUUGGCGGCCGGGACGCGGCGGCGCUGCGGGCGUGGGUGGCGCUGCUCAAAGCGCAGAAGAGCCUCACGGGGACGCUGGCGGCGGAGGGCGAGACGCGGGAGCGGCUGCGGCGCUGCCUGCACGCCGGCGAGGAGGCCGUGCGGCUGGCGGCGCUGGGGCUCCUCUGCUGCAGCCCCAGCAGCAGCCGGGCGCUCUCGGGCGCCGAGGCGCAGCUGCUGCGGGAGUUCCUGCCCCUCAACCUCAACGGCGACUCCUCGGCCUUUCGGCAGCUGCUGCAGGCGGCGGUGAAGAAGGCGCUGGCCCGGCUGCGGGACAGCUCGCUGGCCCGGCUGCGCGGGAGGGCGCCGAGGGGCGCUGAGCCGGGCGACGGAGCCGAGCCGGGCGACGGAGCGGGGCAGCUCGCCCAGGCGGUCGGCUUCGUGGAGUGGCUGCUGCAGCUCAGCGUCUCCUCGCUCACCCCGGGCUCCAACUACCAGAGGAAGAAGACGGCCCUGCUCCUCCUGGCUGCAAUCUUGGAGACCUGCACGGACACCUGGAGCCCCGAGCGGAAGAAGGGGCAGCCUCCGCAGACCAUGGCCGCGCUGCUGAGCUACGCCAGGCACCGCGGCUGCUGGGACUUCUUCUCGCAGCCCAAUCUGCUGGCGCUGCUGAGCUGCUUGCAGGACAGCACCAACGAGAUCAGGGAUUUGGCCUCGGAGCUGCUCGUCCGCUACUUCCCAGCGCCGCUGCCCGAGCCCGUGGUCCUGGCUCUGUUCCAGCUCGCCCAGGAAGCCCUGAGCAGCCCCCGAGUGCAGGAGGCUGAAGCCGGAGCCGUGCUGAUGAAGACGAUCCUGCAGAAGUCAGACAGCAGCACCAUGAGCAGCCUGUCCCUGGAGGACGGAGCAGCCCCGACGCUGCAGCCCCCAGGGCUGCGCUUCGCUCAGCACCUUCUCGGCGUGCUGCAGGCUCAGUACGCUGCGGCGCGCCAGGACCUGCUGCAGGCAGCAGCCACGAAGCCGAUGCACGGAGCGAUCGCAGCCCUGCGCAGGUGCCUGCUGCAGGUGCCCGAGGUGGCCGCCUCCAUGCGAGCGGCCGAGCGGGCGCAGAGCUGGCAGGAGCUCCUCACCAGCCUCGUGGCCACGGCGAGGGACAUCACCUCCUUCCUCCUGGGUGCCCUGCAGAGCGGGCAGGGCCCUGGUGCUGACCAGCCAGCCGCUGCCCCGUCGUUUGCAGACAUGGGGAACGCGAUCGGCUCCCUCAUCAUGCUGGGGAAAGGCCAGGGGCAGCAGGAGGACGACUCGGUGCUGCUGUCGGAGGAGCACAGCCUGAUCCUGACCUGCUGCUGGGUGUCGGUGAAGGAAAUCGGGCUGCUCUUGGGAGGCCUGGCGGAGCUGCUGCUGUCCCCAGCACACGCCGCAUCCGCGCCCCUGCUGCCGCUCGCCAGCCUGCAGACAGCAGCCAAGGUCUUCCAGGAAAUCCUGCUGCGGUGCCGGCACUGGGGCGCCGUGGAGGGCUGCAGCGCCGGCUUCACCAAGUUCUGCGCCGCCUUGCUGGGCCACGCCGACGCGGAGCUGCAGGCCAUCCCCCGCGCCAUGCUGGACCAGGGGCUGGAGGCGCUGAGCGGGCCCCGGAGCAGCUCCAUAACGCGCCGCGCCGCCGGCCUCCCCAUGCUCUUCCUCUGCAUCGUCAGCGGGGAGCCCCCGGCCCAGGCCCGGCCGCUCCUGGCCCGCUGCGUCCGGACCCUCCUGGCCUUGGCCGCCACCGCCCUGCCGCGGGACUGGGACCAGACCCUCGACCUCCCGCAGGUGUGCGCCCUGCACGUGCUGCAGACGCUGGUGCGCGGCGCCGGGCUGGGGAGCGCGCUGCUGCCCCACGCGGCGCCCACCAUGGCGCUGGCGCUGCGGGGCCUGGGCUCGCCGAGCUGGGCCAUGAGGAACGCCGCCACGCAGCUCUUCAGCGCCCUCACGGCCCGGCUGCUGGGCCAGAAGCGGAGCGGCGCCGAGGGCCGCCCCGGGGACGGCGUGAGCCUGCAGGCCUUCCUCGGGCAGCACCCCCAGCUGGGCGCCCUGCUGCUGGGCGAGCUGGGGGCGGCCGCCCAGCCGGGGGGGCCACCGCUGCGCCCCACGCUGCAGCCCGUCCUCGCCCUCCUGGCCCGGCUCCAGCCCGGCGCCGACGACGCCGGCAGCGCCUCCGCUCCCUUCCUGGGGCCGCUGCUGCGGCUGGCGGGCAGCCCCCUGUACGCCGUGCGCGCCAUGGCCGCCGCGGCCCUGGUGCCCCUGGUGCCGCCGCCGCGGUGCCGCCGCCUGCUGCUGCAGCUGGCCCGCGGGCUGCCCGGGCCCGGCCACGUGCGCUCGCACAACGCCCUGCACGGGCGCCUGCUCCAGAUGCGGGCGCUGCUGGCCCCCGCCGCCGACGGGUUGGCGGCAGAGGCGCUGCGCCCCGUGGCGCGGCGGCUGGAGGCCCGGGCCUGGCUGCUCACCCCCGCCCAGCGCUGCCCGCUCGUCCGCGCCGCCUUCCUCCAGGCGCUCGCCCUCCUCACCGCUUCCUGCAGCCCCGGCUUCGCCGCGCGCCUCCGCGACGAGCUCGCCGCCGAGCUGCGGGGCCAUGAGCCGGGGCGAGAGCCGAGCUCCGCCGCGCUCCAGGUGGGCUCCGCCGUCCUCCACCAAACCAUCGCCCGUUUCCUGUGCGACGAGGCCGCCCGGCUGGCGGACGAGGAGGGAAUCGGCACCGUUUGCUCGCUCCUCCAGGAGCCCAAUACCGACGUCCAGUUUGCCAUCCUGAGCUGGGUGAUCAAAGGGGAGGGAGGAAAGUGCGAGGCGUUGGAGAAGGCUCUCCGGCUAACACUGCUGGAGAACUUACAGUCAGUGCUGCAAGACAGAAGGAACAAAGAGUUCCUGAAAUUAUACCUUGAAGCUUUGAUGCAUCUUUACAGAAAUCCCAUGCCUUGGUCCCAGGAUGCUUCCUGUAAGCUCCAGGGUUCCUCAUCAGCAUGUGUGGAAAUCCUGCUCCUCAUGAUGGAAACUGAGCACCCUGGCCCGGACCUCCUCUUCCAGGCCCUGUGUGCCACCAGCCUGCUCCUCGCCCUCGGGUCUGGGGAUGAAGCCCAGCCGCUGGCUGAGCGAUGGUGCGCGAUGCUGGAGAAGUGCAGCAAGUGCGUCUCUUCGGAGGUGCUGAGACUGGCGGCAGCAAGGUCUCUCCAGCUGGCCGGCGUGGACGUGGUGCAGCGCUGCCGGGGAGCCGCCUGCCCCUCUCUCGUCCCCGUGGCCCUGCGGCUGAUAAAUGUGGGCAUCCACCUCCUGCAAGACGAGGAGCAGGAAGUCCGGCAUGAGGCCUCCAACUUUGCCAGCCUGGUGCGCCAGGUCCCGGGAGAGCAGGUCCAAGACGGCUGGGUCUUUGUGCAGGCCAACACGGGGCUCCUGGGCCUCCUGCAGCUCCUCCUGGAAAACUUUGGGGAUCACCCGGAGACCUUUGGCUCGUUGCUGCAGCACCUACCCCUCCUGGAUCUCAGGGGCAUCUUGGAAGAGCUGGAAGCCAACAAAGCCAGCAGCCUGUAUAAGGAGGACGAACCCAAUGUUUUUGCGGAGCCGGCUGUCCUCUCGCAGCUGCUGCUCCCCUUUCUGCUGCAGCUCCUCGAGAAGGCGUCCAUCUCCAGCCCGCUCCGCGAGUCGGCUCUCCGCUGGCUGGAGGCCACGGGCCCCAGCAUCCUACGUGACCUGCAGUACUGCAAACGCCGGUGGAGCCAAGAGGCCGCUGGACCCUGGUGGAUGAAGGCGCUGGGCUGUGCCAAGCUGCACACGGCCGUAGCCAUGCUGCUGGUCAGGGCCAGGCUCCUGGCCCGCGCGCUGGAAGUCGUGCACGGGAGUGACGCGGCCGCCCCGGGGCUGGGCUGUGAUGCCCGCGAGCUGCGGCAGGAGCUUGUGCUGGUGCAGGGGCUGCUGGCUCGGCACGGGCUGGCGCUGGCCCCGGCACUCGGCUGGGGCGACGGGCCAAGGGAGCCGGGCCCUCCGUCCGGGGCUGCCUGACGGAUGCUCUGCUCUCCAGCGGCCAGACAGACCUGCUGCUCCGGUGCGCGACUCAGGGGACCCCCGUUCGCCCCGUGGCAAGUGGCCACUUCGCCCUGUUACUGGGCAUUGCACGCUGCACCAGGGCGGCACACGUACCUGCCCGCCACGCGCUGCCCGCGCCACAGCGGCAGCCACCCGCCCUCCGUUCUUCGGCUCCUGUGGCUCUGUCGCAGCCCUCCGUCCUGAUGCACGCUGGUACAGGGUGCCUCGGCCCCCGCUCCUGCUCUGCUCUUUGCAGACUUUGUGGCUCCUGUUGGACUUUUGCCACUGUUUUUUAACCAGUUUUAGGUCAUUUUGUGAACACGCUGUGGCCAGAUGGGCUUUUAUCCUAAAUAAAGAGGCCAAGAACA